UAAUGUUUUUCGCACGAUUUAAAUUUACAAAACGUUUUAUUGCCAACCUGUUUCCGUCUCCAUUUAAUAACAGACGUGUCUGUGGUAUCUCAAUUAUUGAGAGGGAAAGGAAAUGAACGAUGAUCUCUGCAAGUCGUUUGACGGAGUUGCUAGAAAGAUGGGCUGGCUGGAUGAGGGACUGGAGUCGACUCAAAAAAAGUUGAUGAGCAUGAUCGGCAAGACGCGUAAUGGUGGGACAAGUGGAGCUCCUAGCGAGUCCAGUGAUGAAGAGUUUGACAAUUGUGAGUGCAUUUGCAAGUUAAUUAUAUACGUUUUCCAUUUUGCAGUUCCUCAGAAGAUCAAAACUCCAGCAGGGCAGCGUCCAUUCAGAAGACCUCUCGCACAGUUGAACUCGCCKGUGUUUGUUAGCGACAGUGAGGACGACGAUGAGGACAACAUUAUCGUAAGGAGUAGUUGGAAGACUCGUGACUCAAAGCCCAAACAAAGUGAAAACAAGCAGGACGAGAAUCGUUCGCCAUUGCUGCCCAGUUUAUCUGACUUCCUCCGUCCUCCCAGUAACGCUUCGGCAUUAACAACUUCACCCAAGCGGACKUUUUCAGCACCUUCCAGGCUGGAGGAGUCGAGCGAUUCUGAGGAGGAGUUUGCAUCCCUGUUGGAGAGGCUGAAAAAGAAAAACAAUCUCACCAGCCCAAAGACCAGUAAAGAAUCUGAAACCAAGCUUGUGGUCUCUGCUCCUGCUGUGAAACCAUUCACAACACCAAGCUCGAAACCGAUCAAGGAGAAACCUCACGACGUAAAAACGCAUGGAAUAUCCUCCAUUUUGAAGCCUAAAGUCAGUCAGACGGACCCCAGGCCCGCUGCUGUGAGCAGGAUUGCGGUUUGCAAGACCCCCGGCUGCUUYUUGGAGUCACUCACAGUUCCCGGCUCCAUAUACGGAUCCAUUUUCAGGAAGAAUAAGGAAGAACUCACAAGCAAGCUGUACCAGCUCUACAACACCAGCGUGUUUGACAACAAGCUCCCAACCAACAUGUCUGUAACCUGGAAUAAGAAGAUGCGGAAAACAGCGGGCUACUGCGUCACAGGACAGGAAAAAGGCGGAGGAAACCGCUACGCUCGCAUCGAGCUGUCCGACAAAGUCUGCGACUCUGCAGAUCGCCUCAGGGACACGCUGAUCCACGAGAUGUGCCACGCUGCCACGUGGCUGAUAAACGGCGUGAGGGACGGACACGGAAACCUAUGGAGGCUGUACGCACGCAAGUCCACGCUCAUGCAUCCUGAGCUGCCCAUGGUGACGCGCUGCCACAGUUACGACAUCAAGUACAAGUUCCAGUAUCGGUGCACGCGCUGCCAGAAUACGAUCGGCCGCCACUCCAAGUCUCUGGACACGCAGAGGUUUGUGUGCGCGCUCUGCAAGGGUCAGCUGGUCUUACUGACGGCUUCGAAGCCACGCGCUCCCACGCCUUUCGCCACAUUUGUCAAAGAGAAUUAUGGGAGCGUGAGGAAGGAACUUGCGGGGCAGAGCCACGCGGAAGUGAUGCGGAAACUGAGCACCGACUUUGCCUCGAAGACCAAACUCGGUGAAAGCUGAAUGAGCGGACCUCCUGAAAACGCUUUACCUCAUUCGAUGUUCUUACCUUUUCGGCCCACUGUGAUACUUUUUUUUUUUUUUUCUUGUUGGUUGCUGUAACUGGAAAUGUGAGCAAAAACGGCAACGUUUUCUGUCCACUAUAUUUUUUUUGUAUUCAAGUUGAUAGAACUGUCUCAUGUCUUAUUCUCUCUCUAGAAUAUGCUGGAUGAUUUUUUUUUUGCCAGUAAUUUAACAAUAAAAAUUUGAUACAUGUAA